AGAGCUCAUAGGAAAUCCAAUUGGCUGUGUUCAGAAGUUGUACACUACGUAGAAAACGAGGGUUCCGUAGGACGCAUAAAGCUUCAGUCAGCGGUGCUGGGCUGGACUCUCUCUAUAUAAGGGGUUCUGGGUCCGCCAAGAGAACCAUACAGCACCACCGGGUGAGAGCGAAGGAGACACCGACAGAGACAGCACCACCGGGUGAGAGCGAAGGAGACACCGACAGAGACAGCACCACCGGGUGAGAGCGAAGGAGACACCGACAGAGACACACAGAGACUCACCCAACCUUCACCAGAACACUGAUCCACACCUGCAGCCUGUCUGUUACUUUCAAGGCUCUUUCUCUUGGACUCCUCUUUCCUCUCUCUCCCCAUCUGUCGCUCCUGAUCAUGUGGAAGGCUGCGGUGUUGACGUUUGGCCUGUUGGUGGCGCUGGUGGGUAUGGUGCAGGCUGCAGAGGGCCACGCUAACUCUAUCUACGGUGUGAAGCUGUGCGGGAGAGAGUUUAUACGGGCCGUCAUCUUCACCUGCGGAGGAUCGCGUUGGAGGAGAGGAGUGGGCGACGCCGGUGACAUCUCCAUUGACGAGGAGACUGAGGCCUACAGCCCAUGGAGCUCCAACGCCAUCCCCGGCCUCGCCAGCAAGCAGCGUCCAGGAUUGGAGGCUCAGGGCUGGGCAGGGGAGGUCAGGGAGGGGGGCUCUGCCGCUGCUGCGUUCAGUCGUUUGGCCCGCUCGCCCAUCUCAGAGGAAGUGCUAGAGGCGCUGCGCAGUGCGGACAGGAAGGGGCGGGAUGUCGUGGUGGGCCUCUCCAACGCCUGCUGCAAGUGGGGCUGCAGCAAGAGCGAGAUCAGCUCCCUCUGUUGAGCACUACCAACACCUCUCCAUUUUCAUCCCUCUGUUGAGAGCUAUCCCUCCUUCCCUCUAGCCCUCUAUCCCUCCUUCCCUCCAUCCCUCUAGCCCUCCAUCCCUCCUUCCUUCUUCCAUCCCUCUCCUUUGAGCCCUCCAUCCCUCCUCCUUCUAGCCCUCCAUCCCUCUAUCCCUCCUUCCCUCCAUCCCUCCUUCCCCCUCCAUCCCUCCUUCCUUCUAGCCCUCCAUCCCUCCUUCCCUCUAGCCCUCCAUCCCUCCUUCCCUCUAGCCCUCCAUCCCUCCUUCCCUCUAGCCCUCCAUCUCUCCUUCCCUACACUUUUCUAUCCUUCCAUUCCUCCUGCUUCUUCUCCUUCUCCUGGAUCAUUGUGUUGAUCAUUUAGGUUCUCCUGACUGUGAGGGUGUAAAAAGAAAAGGUUACAAGGCAACAUGAGAAAAGACAUUCUUUGACCCUGCAUGUAUUCUCCAACCUAUGUCAGUAUUAUGAGCAGUUUUUGUGUGUUUAGUUACUGAUAUGACAGUCCAAUAAAGUUGUGUUUUGAAAGUG